AUUGUAAAGAAUUGUAACAUUCCUGGGGACUUCUGCAAAAGAUUUUUUUAAGUUUUGCUCAAGGGAAAGCUCUGAAUCCAGUAGCUGUUACAGAAGUCUUUUGUGUGGGUUAUACAUAUAGAUGUUUUCAUGAAGAGGAGUGAAAAGCCGGAAGGAUAUAGACAAAUGAGGCCUAAGACCUUUCCUGCCAGUAACUACACUGGCAGCAGUCGGCAGAUGCUGCAAGAAAUUCGGGAAUCCCUUAGGAACUUAUCCAAACCAUCGGAUGCUGCUAAGGCUGAGCAAAACAUGGGUAAAAUGUCAGCUGAAGAUCCUCGGCAAGUCAGAAAUCCCCCCAAGUUUGGGAUGCAUCAUAAAGCCUUGUUGGAAAUUCGAAACUCUCUACAACCAUUUGCAAAUGAAACAAGUCGAAGUCCUUCAGAAGUUAAUCCACAAAUGCUUCAAGACUUGCAAGCUGCUGGAUUUGAUGAGGAUAUGGUUAUACAAGCUCUUCAGAAAACUAAUAACAGAAGUAUAGAAGCCGCAAUUGAAUUCAUCAGUAAAAUGAGUUAUCAAGAUCCUCGACGGGAACAGAUGGCCGCAGCAGCUGCCAGACCUGUUAAUGCCAACUUGAAGCCAGGGAGUGUGCAACAAUCAAUUAACCGCAAACAAAGCUGGAAGGGUUCUAAAGAAUCCUUAGUUCCUCAGAGACAUGGUCCACCACUAGGAGAAAGUGUAGCAUACCGUUCUGAAAGUCCCAACUCACAGACAGAUGUAGGAAGACCUUUGUCAGGAUCUGGUAUCACAGCGUUUACUCAAGCCCAUCCUAGCAAUGGACAGAGGGUGAACCCCCCGCCGCCUCCUCAAGUAAGGAGUGUCACUCCCCCGCCACCUCCAAGAGGCCAGACUCCCCCUCCAAGAGGUACAACGCCGCCUCCCCCAUCAUGGGAACCAAACUCUCAAACAAAGCGCUACUCUGGGAACAUGGACUACGUCAUCUCCCGAAUCUCUCCCGUUCCACCUGGAGCCUGGCAGGAGGGCUAUCCUCCACCACCUCUUAGCACGUCCCCGAUGAAUCCUCCUAAUCAGGGACAGAGAGGCAUGAAUGCUGUUCCUGUUGGCAGACAGCCAAUCAUCAUGCAGAGUUCUAACAAAUUUAAUUUUCCACCCGGGAGACCUGGAAUUCAGAAUGGUAGCGGUCAGACUGAUUUUAUGAUGCACCAGAAUGUUGUCCCUGCUGGCGCUGUCAAUCGGCAGCCACCUCCUCCAUAUCCUCUGACCCCAACUAAUGGACAAAGCCCCUCUGCUUUACAAGCAGGGGGUUCUUCUGCUCCGUCGUCAUACACAAAUGGGAACAUUCCUCAAGCUAUGAUGGUGCCAAACAGAAAUAGUCAUAACAUGGAACUUUAUAACAUUAAUGUACCUGGACUGCAAACAACUUGGCCUCAGUCAUCAUCUGCUCCUGCCCAAUCAUCCCCAAGCAGCGGACAUGAAAUCCCUCCUUGGCAACCUAACAUACCAGUGAGGUCAAAUUCUUUUAAUAACCCAUUAGGAAAUAGAACAAGUCAUUCUGCUAAUUCUCAACCUUCGGCUACAACAGUCACUGCUAUUACACCAGCUCCCAUUCAACAGCCUGUGAAAAGUAUACGUGUAUUGAAACCAGAGCUGCAGACUGCUUUAGCACCUACACACCCUUCUUGGAUACCACAGCCCGUUCAGAGUGUUCAACCUAGUCCUUUUCCUGAGAGUACCUCUUCAAAUAUGACCGUUAUGCCACCUGUUGCUGAAGCUCCAAACUAUCAAGGUCCGCCACCACCUUAUCCCAAGCAUCUGCUACACCAAAACCCAUCUGUUCCUCCAUAUGAAUCAGUCAGUAAGUCUAGCAAAGAGGAUCAGCCAAACUUGCCUAAGGAAGAUGAGAGUGAAAAAAGUUAUGACAAUGUUGAUACUGGAGAUAAAGAAAAGAAACAGAUUACCACUUCACCUAUCACCGUUAGGAAAAACAAGAAAGAUGAAGAGCGAAGGGAAUCUCGUAUUCAAAGUUAUUCUCCUCAGGCAUUUAAAUUCUUCAUGGAGCAACAUGUAGAAAAUGUGCUCAAAUCUCAUCAGCAACGUCUGCAUCGUAAAAAACAAUUAGAGAACGAAAUGAUGCGGGUUGGAUUAUCUCAAGAUGCCCAAGAUCAAAUGAGAAAGAUGCUUUGCCAAAAAGAGUCUAAUUACAUCCGUCUUAAGAGGGCUAAAAUGGACAAGUCUAUGUUUGUGAAGAUAAAGACAUUAGGAAUAGGAGCAUUUGGUGAAGUCUGUCUAGCGAGAAAAGUAGAUACCAAGGCUUUGUAUGCAACAAAAACUCUUCGAAAGAAAGAUGUUCUGCUUCGAAAUCAAGUUGCUCAUGUCAAAGCUGAGAGAGAUAUCCUGGCUGAAGCUGACAACGAAUGGGUAGUUCGUCUUUAUUAUUCAUUCCAAGACAAAGACAAUUUAUACUUUGUAAUGGACUAUAUUCCUGGGGGUGAUAUGAUGAGCCUAUUAAUUAGAAUGGGCAUUUUUCCAGAAAAUCUGGCACGAUUCUACAUAGCAGAACUUACCUGUGCAGUUGAAAGUGUUCAUAAAAUGGGUUUUAUUCAUAGAGAUAUUAAACCUGAUAACAUUUUGAUUGAUCGGGAUGGUCAUAUUAAAUUGACUGACUUCGGCCUCUGCACUGGCUUCAGAUGGACACAUGACUCUAAGUACUACCAGAGUGGUGACCAUCCACGGCAAGAUAGCAUGGAUUUCAGUAAUGAAUGGGGUGACCCCUCUAACUGUCGAUGUGGUGAUAGACUGAAACCACUGGAGCGGAGAGCUGCCCGCCAGCACCAGCGGUGUCUCGCACAUUCUUUGGUUGGGACUCCUAAUUAUAUUGCGCCUGAAGUCUUGUUACGAACAGGUUAUACACAGUUGUGUGAUUGGUGGAGUGUUGGUGUCAUUCUUUUUGAAAUGUUGGUGGGACAGCCUCCUUUCUUGGCACAGACACCAUUUGAAACACAAGUGAAGGUUAUCAACUGGCAAACAUCUCUUCACAUCCCACCGCAAGCUAAACUGAGUCCUGAAGCCUCUGAUCUUAUUAUUAAACUCUGCCGAGGACCAGAAGAUCGCUUAGGCAAGAAUGGUGCUGAUGAAAUAAAAGCUCAUCCAUUUUUUAAAACAAUUGAUUUUUCCAGUGACCUGAGACAGCAAUCUGCUUCAUACAUUCCUAAAAUCACACACCCAACAGAUACAUCAAAUUUUGAUCCUGUUGAUCCUGACAAGUUACGGAGUGAUGAUAAUGAGGAAGAAAAUGUAAACGACACUCUCAACGGAUGGUAUAAAAAUGGAAAGCACCCUGAACAUGCUUUCUAUGAAUUUACCUUUCGGAGGUUUUUUGAUGACAAUGGCUACCCUUAUAAUUAUCCAAAACCUAUUGAAUAUGAAUAUAUUAAUUCACAAGGCUCAGAGCAGCAGUCAGACGAAGAUGAUCAGCACACAGGCUCAGAGAUGAAAAAUCGUGAUCUAGUGUAUGUCUGACACGCUAGGAAAUAAUUGUAAUGAGAAUUUGCAAAAAGGCCUGAAACGCAGGGUUUUUUGAAGCUCUGAGAGUAAAAUUAUGCAAAUGUGACAGAGCUAUGUAUGUUUGCUCUGUGUACAAUAUUUUAUGUUCCUAAAUUAUGGGAAAUCCUUUUAAAUAUUAAUUUAUUCCAGCCUUUUUAAUCAGUAAUUUAGAAAAAAUUUGUUAUAAAGAAAGUAAAUUAUGAGCUGAAUAUUAUAGUCAGUUCUUGGUACUUAAAGUACUUAAAAUAAAAAAUAGUGCUUUGUUUAAAAGGAGAAGCCUGUUAUCUAUUUGUACAUAAUGCUAAAUAAUUUUAAAAAACAAGAAUUUUUGAAAAUUUUUUGAAAGACAGUUUUAGUUUUAUCUUGCUUUAACCAAAUAUGAAAUAUACCCCACAUUUACAGAGCUGGUGUUUUUGUUUUUUUUUUUUCCCUCCCUUUCCCCGUAACUUUAUUCUUGGAAAAAAAUAAGCUAUAGAAAUGAAGGCAUCAUGGUGGUGAGUGUUCCUAGGCUAAUGAUAAUCUGUAUAAUUCACAUUUGAUAAAUAAGAAAUACAAAGUUGAAUAUGAAUACAAAAUAUGAAAUACAAAAAUGAAAUAUAGUAUGCUCAUCCAAAUGAAAAAUAGUGCAGCUUAUCUUUUUCCCCUUCUAUAGAAUAUUUAAUUUUUUAACAUAUCUCAAAAAUUAAUGGCUUUGAAAGAAGCAAAUCACUACAUUUUUCUUUCUAUAUUGGUAUUUUUAAUGCUGCUUUCAGUUUUUAAAGGGAAUAAAGCUGCCAUAAAUUAGAAGUUUCAGUACUAAAAGCUAAGAUCUUUCAUAUUUUGACUCAAAUUAGAAAAGAAAUAAUUCCACAUGUUAAGCAGAGAGAUUAUUUUCAACUUCAUAUAAAACUUUGAUUAGAACUUACUUGUGGGUACUUUUUCUAUAUAGUGAUAGUUUGGAUUAUGUCAUCAAUAAUGUUAUAGAUUUCCUCUUUCAAAACAGUGCUGCAUACAUGGACUGUUACUGGCAAAGGAAAGUCUGGCUAUUUGGCAGGAUUUUACCUAUGGUCAGAUUAAUUGGCGAAAAAAAUUAUUAUUAUGUAACUCCUAAUUAAGGUGGCCAUUAGUAAUUAGGAAAAAAUACAUAGUGGUCAUAGUAGAAAAUUCAAAACCUCAUAACUUAUUUAAAGUUAAAUAAUAUGUCUUUCAGCGUUACUAUUAUAUAUAAUACUUAGGUUUUAAGGACAACUUGUUGUCUCAUACCAAAAUACAUUUAGCUUAUCUUUUAGGAAGGGGAAAAGGGCUCUAUUCUAACAUUAGUAAAAUUUAUAUUUUAUUUGCUUUUCUUAAGCUCCACUGGUAGGGAAGUUUUUUUUUAUCAAAACUUAGUAUCUGUGGAUAAGAGGCAUAAUUUUAGUGAUUUUCAAACUUAUAAAAGCUAAUGGAAUCAUAUAUAUAAGUAAAAUUAAAGGCAAAGCUGUUCCAGUUGAAUUGGGGAGGGCAAAGAUUAAUUAGCUCACACUUAAAAUGUUUUCAUAGGUGGCCUUCUCAGAGCACUGCAUAACCCACUAUGUAAUGGUGGGUCUUUGGCAGUUAUUGAUCAUUUCGAGAGUCUGAUGAAAAUUGGCUCUCUUCCCAGGAAAAUGCACAUCAAUAAACAUGCCUAAGAUGUCGCAUGCAGUUGGAUGUGUUGAAACCUGUCACAAACUCUUGGUUAUGGACCUCUGUCCUGUAAGAACACUGAUAUAUUAAAUUAAGAACUUUGCUUUAAAUUUACUGAUUAGUGCUCAGAUUAGCACAUCUUGUAUAAACACUGAUAAUUUAUGAUGAGAAAGGUCUGUACCGUGUGAUAAGAUAUCCUUAUGAAUGCCUCUCUUUCUGGAACAGCGCUCCACUUUAAACACACCCUUUUAAGGGCACUAACAAACAUGUUUGACUUGUUACAGGCUUAAUAUAGAAAUAUUUUGAAGGACCUCUACUCAGAAUUGUGAGAAAAUGCACUGUGUAAGAUGGCAGUCUUCACUUCAUGGAGCAUUUGAUUAGUCCUAUAAAAUUCUAUGCAAAACAAAUUAGUUCAAGAACUUUUGUUGUUACCCCCUUGCUCUUCAGGCUUUCUCAGAUUUAUUGAAAUUUCCAUUUAGUUUUUAUUUCUGGACUAUGGUGCAAUACAGUAUAGAACCAACUUUGUUACAGUUACAUUGUAGAAAACCUAAGGUGCUGUCUUCUCCCUCUCCCCACAAAAUCUGUGUUGCCCUUAUUCCUCAAAUGUAACAGACACUACAAAUAUUGUAUCCUUUUAAAUUUUCUCUGACAGUAUAAACUUUUUGUAUUUAAAUGAAGCAGUGUACAAGCCUUUAGUAUCUGCAUUUUUUUAACAGUUUGGAUAUACUGUCAUAUUCCCAAACUAUUAAAACUACAUUGAGCUGACUUAUUCCCAAACUAUAUCCAGUCUUCCAGUAGGAAUCUGGUGCUUCCUGCCAAAAAGAUGAGAACAAUGUCAAAAAUCUGUAUGCUCUCAGUUGAAAUAGAGUGAAAACAUUGAUCAAUCAUGUUUUCUUUUUAAAAUAAUUUUGCCACUCAUUAAAAAAAAAAAAAAACUUGCUGUCUUUCUUAUACUUUCCCCUUUUAUGCAUAUCAAUGGUAUUUAUGAAAUGUGUUCUGUAAUUAUGUAAUUGUAGAUACAGUUAUGUAUUGUCCAGUGAUGUCUGAAGGCAGGCCCUGUUGCUAUAUCUUUUCUACCUUAUUUGUAAUAGAAACUAUAGAAUGUAUGACUAAGAAGUCACUUUGAAAUUGACUUUUUUAAAAAGUUAUAACCUUCUGCUGUUGCAAAGUGCAAAACUGUGAGAGGAAAUGAUUUAUUCUGACUUAAUAAUAUGUUGAAAUUAGAGAAUACAGUGGGAGGAUUUUUAGAUAUUGCUGCUGCUGUUACCUAAGGUACUUUAGACAUUUUUCUUUAAUAAACAAAAAUAAACAAAAAUCCCUUUGGUAUUUAAAGUAAAACAUUUAGCCUGUUUGUUUUAAUCUAAAACAAAAAGUAAUUUUGGUCAAUAUAAUGGUAUAUUUGUAAAGCGCCUUAAUAGAUCCCUUGUGAAGGCACUAUAUACCACAGUUUACUUUUAUAUUGUAUUAUGUAUAUAAGUAUUUUGUAUUAAAAUUGAAUCAGUACAACACUACAGUUUUAUAAAGUAAUGCUUUGUUAGGAAAAGGAAUUACAGCUUUGCAAUAUAACUGAAUUGUUUUGCAUACUUAUGAAUGUAGUAGAAAUGAAUAAUCAGCCUGUGUUUUUAAUGAA